UGUGUGUGUGUGUGUGUGUGUCAGUCAGUGUGUGUGAGUGUGGAGAAAUCUAGGAAGUAACGUUAGCCUAACUUUUCGCUCAGGACGACGCGGAGACGUUAAUCCUCAAAUUUCUGAAAGAAACUGUGAUUUACAGGAGCAAUAACGUCGUGGAAGUGCUGGGAAAUUACCUUUAAUCAUUGGGAACGGUGAAUAAGCAGUUUGUUAGCUCACCUUUUUUUGGGAAGCUCAGGUGGAGAAACGUGUUUUUUUUCCCCUCUAAAUAGUGUGAUUGGAGUUGGUGGAUGCCAGAGGUCUUCCUCCUGUCGUCGCUUUCAGGAGUAUUUCGACUUUUAAAGAUGAAAUGAGAGUUUAUCUUCGACAGUGGAUGCUGGCAGACAUUUGGGGCAGUGAGUUAUGCUGAAGCCUGCCUGUAUAUCUCCAUAUCAGUAUGAGCACUACAGAUGGAGCCAGGCCCUCUGAACAGGAUGGAGAGACCCGAGUUGUGCAGAUCUAUCCCAGGCUACCCCAGGACACAGCUACCUACUGUCCCCUGCAGAUCAGCACCGGGGACACGGCAAGAGCAGUCAUCCACAAUGCAGUGGUCACUCUGGGCCUGGAUGCCACCAAGACGUACAGCCUGCUGGAGGUCAAGAAGAGUGGUGGAGAGGAGAGGUUGCUGGAGAAUGGGGACUGCCCUUUGGAGAGAGUCCUGCUGUGGCCGCCGGGGGCACAGAGGUGGCACCGUCAGAACCAAGGGUACUACUUCAUCCUGCAAGCCAACAAUGGAGUAGAAAGUGGCAGAGAGGAAUAUGAUGACCUCUGUAACCUGCAAAGUGUGACUGAAGAUAGUAUUCUAGAGGCUCUACGCCAGCGCUUCUACAGGCUCAAAAUCUACACGUACGCCAGCAACCUCCUCAUCGCCAUUAACCCCAAUAAAUUCCUGCCUCUUUACUACAAUCCCAAGUACGUCAAGAUGUACGAGAACCAGCCACUGGGCAAACUGAGCCCUCAUAUAUUUGCCAUAGCAGACGUGGCUUUUCGUGCUAUGCUGAACAGACAGGUCAACCAGUGUAUUGUGUUGUCUGGGGAGAGUGGCUCAGGGAAGACUGAAAGCAGCAGUUAUCUCAUCCACUGCCUGACCGCCCUCAGCCAGAAGACAUACUCCAGCGGGCUUGAACGGACCAUCCUCGGGGCUGGCCCGGUGCUAGAGGCCUUUGGCAACGCAAGGACUGCAGAGAAUAACAACUCCAGUCGCUUUGGGAAGUUCAUCCAGCUCAACUAUCUAGAGAGCGGUGUCAUCAGAGGGGCAGUUAUUGAGAAGUACCUACUAGAAAAGUGCCGCCUGGUGUCCAGAGAUCAAAGGGAGAGGAGCUUCCAUGUGUUUUACUAUCUGCUGGUGGGUGCGUCCAAAGACGAACAGGAGGAGUUUCACCUGUUAAAGCCGCAAGACUAUCUCUACCUCAAGCAGGAAAACUUCCAUUUGGACGAGGAGGAGAAACUUGGGCAGGAGUACGAGAGACUCCAUCAAGCUAUGGAGAUGGUUGGCUUCCUGGCCUCCACCAAGAAACACAUAUUUUCCAUCCUGUCUGCCAUCCUGCACCUGGGCAAUGUGACGUACACACUGUCAGAGGACACGGAGGUCCUGGAGGUUGGACCUGCUGAAGUUUUGUCCACACUGUCUGACCUGCUCAAAGUGAAAAAGGAGCUACUGGUGAAGACUUUGACCAAGAGGACAGUAGUGACCACCAACGCCACCAUAGUUUCACCGUACACACUACAAGAGGCCCCCACAGUGCGGGACUCCAUGGCCAAGUCUUUAUACAGUGCUCUGUUUGACUGGAUCAUCCUUCACAUCAACCACGCAAUGCUCAAUAGACGAGACAUGGAGGAGUCAGUCUCUUGUUUGUCCAUCGGUGUCCUGGAUAUGUUUGGAUUCGAGAACCUCCAGACGAACAGCUUUGAGCAGCUGUGCAUUAACUACACCAAUGAGAAACUGCAGUAUUACAUCAACCAGCACAUCUUCGAGCUUGAGCAAGAGGAUUAUGUGUCCGAGGGCAUCACCUGGCAAGACAUCAACUACACUGACAACAGCGACUGCAUUCAGCUGAUCAGCAAGAAGUCAACUGGACUCUUUGACCUGCUGGAUGAGGAGAGCAACCUCCCUCAGGCCACAGAUGAAACCCUGUUGGACAAGUUGAAGCAGCAGCAUCAGGACAACCUGUUCUUUGUACCCUCCUCAAAUACAGAGCCGACUUUUGUCAUUCAACACUUUGCUGGACAGGUUAAAUAUCACAUCAAGGAUUUCCGGCAGAAGAACACAGAGCACAUGCGGCCUGAAGUCAUCUCACUUCUACGGAGCAGCGAGCGGGCGUUUGUGCAUCACUUGGUUGCAUCCAGUCCAGAAGCUCUGUUCAGAUGGGGAGUCCUUCGAGCCACAAUCCGCAUCCUCACAGUAUUCAAGAACUUGGGACGCCAGCGGGCAGAGUCAUUAUCUGCCAGACGAAGCUCCCGCAAGACCCUCAGAGAGAUGAGACAGCACAGUAGCACUGUGGACAGACUGUCCAGCAACAGCAUGACUCUGGAUUUCUCCUUUGAUCGCUCUGAUGAACAUCCUCUGGAUGUAUUUGAAGACAUCUUUGUCAAUUAUGAGAAGAGAAAGAAAAGUCGCAGCGGUCGACGGAAGCAGCUCAUUCCAAUGAACCUCAUGGAUUUGCAGUCCCUCCGACAUAUUGUUGGUAACGCCAGCCAUGACCGAACCAGCAAAAUCAUUUUCCACCCUCAUCGGACAACACAGCCACCGACAGCUGCCACUCAGUUUCAGGCCUCACUCGGAAAGCUGAUGGAGACAAUCGAAAAAGCAGAGCCAUUCUUUAUUUUCUGUGUUCGCUCUAACACUGAAAAGAAAGAGCUGCACUUCGAUGAAGAACUUGUGCUACAGCAAAUCAAACACAUGGGCUUACUGCAGAUGGUUCACAUCCAGAAGUCUGGCUACAGCGCCAAAUACACAUUCAAGGAAUUUGUUGAGAAGUUCAGAGUGUUGCUUCCAAAAGGAGCUACAGCAACGCCAGAGAACAUAACGGAGCUGUUUGAGAAGAUGGAGCUGGAUAAGACCACCUAUCAAAUAGGAAAGACCAAGGUUUUCCUCAAGGAGAAGGAGAGGCAACAGCUCCAAGACACUCUUAACAAAGAAGUGAUGCGUCACAUCAUCAUCCUGCAGCGCUGGUUCCGUGCCUGUCUGAUGAGGAUGCUCUACCUGCAAAAAAGAGAUGCCACUAUGGUCAUACAGAGGAGCUGGCGUGAGUUUUAUGAGAAACAAAACCGAGCUGCUACGGUGAUCCAGACAGCAUGGAGGAUUUCCUUGAAGAAGCCAAACCGCAAACAUGGGACGGAGGAUGGCGAGAACACAUCCCAAACCCGACCUGGACGGGACAGCUUGUCAAAAAAGGAGUUAAGAAGGCAGCACAAAGUGGAGCUCAGCCCCAACAGGUCCAGGAGCAGGGAGAAGGGAGAGGGCAGAGUAUCCCCUCCCCCUCUCAGCAGACCCUUCUCCGUUCCACUUGACCCUAAAGUGGAUAGUGAUGACGGCUCGGCCAGCCCCUCCAAGAGCAGCUCGCUUCAGCGCUACCAAGACAUGGGGGGCAUCAAGGAGAAGGCCGAGAAGUGGAGGGAAAGAAAGAGCGACGGUGAUCCGACAGAUGAAUCAAGUCCAGAAAUACAGCGACGACAACACAAGAAAGAUGACUUUCAGCGCAAAAUAAAGUCCAUGUCUGUUGAUGAACUGUCCAAGAUCAGCUCAUCAGGCUCUGACAGCUCGCCCUCUUCCAAUACGAUGCCAUCAGAACCUGAUGGGUCAAGGUUCAGUCUUCCAGUCAGUAGAACGAAUGAGGAGUCGGAACAACAUGGAUCUAACCAGUCACAACUCACAACUCCUGAGAAGGUUUGGUUUCUCAGUAGAUUCCUGAAAAAGCGGGGGCCCAAGUAUUCCCCGGGCAGCGACUCCCCGUCAGAUAAAGCAGUCACCUUGGCCAGCUACACUCCACACAGCUAUCACAUGCCAAACCAGAGCAUUGAGAGGGCCAAUCGAAACCCGACCAUUAAAAUCAGCCGGGCCACGCGGGCAUUGCAGUGUAACACGUCUCUGGACCGUGAGAUCACCAACCCCAAUGAGCUGCGAAACCUGGACGAAUUCCUCGGCGAGCAGGUGUUAAACCUGCAAAAUAGAAUUAAAGACCUGUCGCCAACAGAGACCAUCUUCCUCAAAGCCACCGUGCACUUCAGAGACACCAUCAAAGGCAUGUACUCUGUCCAGAAGCCCCAAAUCGGCUACAAAGAUCUGAUGAAAGGCUACAGCAACAAAGUGAACACGCUUGCAGGGACCAAGAGGAAGAAGUCGGAAGUCGCGCUGGUGGUCAACUUGUUCCAGUCUGUUCUGGAUGGCUUUAUUAGGGCCGAGGUAAAACGAAAGAGUCACGAGUCUGAACCAACCAAGUCCACCAAGACGACAAAGAAGAGGAGGAAAAAGGAAAAAUGUCCUAACGGUCCUCUGGAUCACCUGUUCAGCACAUACCAGGUGAACGUCAUGCAGUCAUGUGACUUGUGUGGCUCCUACAUCUGGGCAAUGGAAAAAGCCUACAUGUGCAGUGCUUGCAAGUUAAUAUGUCACAAAAAAUGCCUGAACAACGUCAUCACAGAUUGCUCGACACGGUGUGCCAGACGGGAUGACAGUGUACCUGGCUCCCUUCACUUUGGGGUAGAGGUGUGUGUCCUCACCAAUAAAGUCACCACUGUCCCUAAAGUGGUGGAGUUGCUGCUGCUGCACGUGGAGAUAAAUGGCCUCUACACAGAGGGAAUUUACCGCAAGUCGGGCUCAACCUGUCGAGCGAGGGAGCUCCACCAGAUUAUGGAGACUGAUCCUGAGAAACCAUGUUUAGACAACUACCCAAUCCACACCAUCACAGGUUUGGUUAAACGUUGGCUCAGAGAGCUGCCAGACCCCCUCAUGACUUUUUCGCUCUACAACGACUUUCUGCAUGCUGUUGAGCUGCCCGAGAAAUCUGAGAGAAUUAAGGCUGUGUACCAAAAGGUUGAAGAACUUCCUCCUGCUAAUUUCAACACAUUAGAGCGGCUCAUCUUCCACCUUGUCAGGGUUGCAAAGGAGGAAGAGCACAAUAAGAUGUCACCGAGCUCUCUUGCUAUUGUGUUUGCCCCCUGCAUCCUGCGUCCAAAUGACAGUGACGAUCCCUUCCUUGGUAUGAAGGAUGUGUCCAAGACUACCAAGUGUGUGGAGAUCCUAAUCACUGAGCAGCUCAGACGUUACAACGAAAAGAUGCAGAAUAUCCAGGAGCUGGAAUUUGCAGAGGCCAUAGCUGUCAAUCAGCUCAAACUGAGGAGACAAAACACGAUUGUUGAAAAGCCGUCAGAGCUCGAUGUUCCUCAGCCAAAUUCGGAUGAAACGGAGAGGGUCCUCAUUGACAGGAUCAAGUCCAUCAAGCAAGAGAAGGUGGACUUGGCCUGCAGGUUACCUGACCUUGAGCAGGAGAACUCUGACAAUGACAACCUGGACUCAUCGUCAUCAAUGAGUUCAGAGAGUUUAGAGGAUCGCAUGGGCAGCCUGGACUCGGAAGUACCAGCAAAGGUGACCAUGCGACUGAAAACUCAGAAACCCGAGUGCCCGCCUAAACCUCCUGACCUGGCGCAGAGAGUCAGAAGUCUGAUGGCUCAAACAAGUGAUGCACACAAAGAGUUUGCAUCAGGACAAAAGACAGAUGUUACCCAGUCCAUGUGCUUCCUGCCCAGCCCAGACAGCCCCUCCCCACUCAGCGAGCCCCAAAUCACCAGUAAGACUUUCAAAGGGAGCUUUGAUGACCUGGACAUCCCUUACAUCGAUGAGGAUGAAGAUCUAACCUGCGCAUAACAUGACAAGUUGUAAUCAGUGGAAUAUUCCCAAGUAUGUGUUAUUAGUGUGUUAUGUCAAAAAAGAACUGUGCACUUUGUUUUAUAGACUUUUCCAUUUGUCAAUGCUGCUAUGGAAACAACGUGCUUCGAGAGUUAAUAUGUAUUUAAUGGGUGAUCGUAUUAAUUGUCCCUUCAGAGUUUUUAUAAGAGAUCUGGAGAAGACCCAACAGCAAGGACUCCUCGGCCUCUUUAUAUACAAUGCUCUGUAUGUGAUUUUAAACAUAUUUCAGAAUUGUACAGUUCACAUUUUAUAAAAUGUAGGUACUCUAGUUCAGUUCUGUGAAGCUGUGUGACCAGCUGUGUCUCAUCUGUAGAGAAAAACAGGACAACAUGACGAGGAGCGACUGAGGACACAAGUGUCUCCUUUACUAAUGGACAUUAUUCUGAGCUUGACCACUAUGAUACUAAUGGGAUUUUAUGGUGUUUGUGAAAAAAAGUAUUGUAAGAGUACCAAAAAGGUUCACGAGAGAAUCAGAGUGCUUCUCCAUUGUACAGAGUGCGAACGGUGCAUAUUGAGCUCUCGUCGAGUGCACUGUUGUGAAACGUUUCAGUUCUGUUUUUCCUGCUUCUCACUUUCCUGUGGUAACUACUGCUGUGACUGACCACUGAUUCAAUACACCUGUGAGGGGAAUGGCCACAUUGCUGCCUGUUAGACUGACUGAAAAUACUUCCCUCUGUCACUCCUCUUGGUAUUGUGAGGCUGUGCAGUUCCACCACGUAAACAUUCUGUGUUUAGACUACAUGUAGGCUUUAAAUAUGCACGCCUGUACAUUUUAUAUGGGGUAGGAAUAAUGCAUAUUGGGGUGAAUGUUCUCCGAGUUUGUUUUUUGUCACCAACUAAAAUAAACUGACCAUUUCCAAA